AUGUCCGCUUGCUCUGUAUGUGGCACCGCGGACAUUGGAAUCUUUCGCUGCUCCCGCUGCCAAGACCGCUGCUCCCUGCGCUUCUGCGGUGGUGCUUGCUUUGCGGAGGCCUGGCAGCAGCACAAGGCGCUGUGCACGUCUGACUGCAGCGAUGAGGAAGAGAUUUUGCAUGGACGCAUUUUCGUGUCGAUCGUGGCCUACUGUGACCCGGAGCUACCGGCGACGCUGCGCGCGCUGCUGGCGCAGGCCGCGGUCCCCGAGCGGCUCCGCGUGGGGCUCGUCUGGCAGGGCGACGGCGAGGCGCCAGUCCCCCAGCACCUCUGGCGCGACGCGGCGUCAUCCGCCCGUGCGGACGCGGCGUGUCAGCGAACGCUGACGCUGCCCACUGGCAAGCUGAGUGUGACCCUGACACAGGGGGGCCACCUGCGGAUCAUCAAUAUGCGCCCUGAAGAUGCCCGGGGUCCGUGCUGGGCCAGAUAUUUGGCGCAGCUAAUGUGGGAAGGUGAGGAACUUUAUCUGCAGCUGGACAGCCACAUGCGCUUUGUGAAAGACUGGGACUUGAAGGCCCGAGAACAGCUCCUGCACUGCCGAUCUCGGUGUCUAAAGCCUGUGCUCUGCAGUUAUGGCCGUGCCUAUCCGUAUGGCCUGGCCUUCGAUGAGAUCCCAGGCUCGAUCACAGGUUGCUUGAACUGUGCGGCCUUCUUUGAUCAACACGACAUCUUGAACAUCCGAUACAGGUCCUUGGCGAAGGAUUGGCUUGAGCCCAGAGAGAGCCACUUUUGGUCGGCGCACUUCUCCUUCAGCUCGGCGAAGGUCUUGAAGGAAGUGCCCUAUGAUCCCAGCUUGCUGAUGCUCUUCUUUGGUGAAGAGAUCCUCAUGACCGUCCGGCUCUAUACCCAUGGCUGGGACCUCUUCAGCCCGGCCGGAGGUCUCGUCUUCCACCUGUGGCAGCGAGACUACAGGCGGGUCUAUGCUGAGGACUUCACCGAGCUGUAUCAGCGCCUCGCGCGCCGCGCACGCCGGCGGUUGCAAAGGCUGCUGGGUGUGAGCGGCCGUGCUCCCGCAUUCUUUGAGGAAGCGGAGGAGCAGGUGCAGCAACAGCAGCGCUGGCCGUGGCCGGGCGGAGGAGACAAAGGAGCCGAAUCUUUUGGAAGCUGGUCCGGAGAACAGACCUGCGCGGCGCAAUGUAUUGAUGUUUCGUUGGAUGUGAAGAGCAUUGUCAUUGGAAUGUUGAUGAUUUGCGUUGUCAUCAAGUGUCAUUGGAGUGUUGUCAUUGGAGUCCUUGGAGCGUCAUUGGAACCUUGUCAAGCUAGUCAUCAUUUGAGUUGUCAUUGGAGUGUUGAUGAUUUGUGCCAAGCUGGGAAGAUUGUACGUCAUGCGGAGGGGCAGAUUCUGAAAGUAGCUUCCACGUUGCUGAAAAGCUGA